AUGGAUUCAGCAGAUGACGCAGCGGAGGAGGCGACCGUUGCGGUUGCACACGCAGAAGAAGAAGCGGUUGUGCGCUUGGUGGCGGCGGAUCUGCGACUGCGCGGUCCGGCGGCGGUGGCGAAAGUGUUGGCCGACAGAGCCACUUUGAACCGCGAUCAACUUGGCUUCGUCGCCAUUGUUGCAAAAAUUCUGCAAGAUGCCUUUGAAUCACUUCCGCCAAGUGGCGAUGGUAUGCUCGCCAAGGAUCGUGUUCUGUUGCGAUGUCUGCUGGUUGGAGGCGGUGGAUGUGGGAAGACUCGGAUCAUCAACAUGGUUUUAAGACCGUUGUUUGAAGCAGUCUUUGGUGAUGGUUCCAUGCAAGCGCAGGCGCCUUCGAACGAAGCCGCUCGUCAGAUUCAUGGCCGAACCAUGCACAGCGCAAACAAGCUGCGCAAAGAUUCAUCUUUGCGGACCGUGCAUUUGCGUGUUUCCGCAGAGACACGGAAGGCUUUGGAAUGCAACACUGUCCCGCUGGCUGCCAUCGUCAUCGAUGAAUUCUCUCAAUGCAUUGGUCAGAUGCUGCAUGCGGACGCGCUGCGGAAGUCUUAUGGUCGGCAAAGGGCCCUGGGGCUGGAGCUUCAUCGUUAUGCGGAAUUGGACGAGAGCUGGGGGCGUAUGCCGGUGGUCGUCAUUUCUGGGGAUGAACUGCAAUUACCUCCUGUUCCUUUUUCGCAUUCCUUGCUUGCCAGUGUGGAUGGAACCAGCGAUGAACAUAAAGCCGGCGUGCAUCUCUUCGGUCAAUUCCGUUAUGUGUACCGCCUGCAGACGGCCAUGCGUUUCCAGGAUCCAGUUUUGGAAUGUAUCCUGAGGAAAAUGCGAACUCCGGGUGGUGCGUUGUUGACGCAGAGCGAAUGGCAGGCGUUGGUGAAUACCAACAUCAGUGGAUCCGGCGACAGCGCUCGCUUGUCCGGCACUGAGCAUUUUUUCCAAGCUUGCUACACUUGGUCUGUGGUUAGCAUGGCCUAUACCAUUCGCAGUUUUGAAUCAGCAAAAGCAGCGGGCAAGACCUUGUAUGCCACUCGUGCUGUUGACAUGAUCCAAAAUCUGCAGGCCGACAAAGCUGCUGCUAUCGCCCGGGCUGUGGUUGCGCACCCAAACAUGAACGAGACCGGACGGCUUCCUCACUAUGGUCUCUAUCACGUUGGUAUGGAAGUGCGCUUCACUCAGACAGUCGCUGCUCCUCAUGUGGUGGUAGAUACAAUUGGAAUCAUUCGGGGUUUUGCGUUUGCUUCGGAGGAUCGGAGUCGCACUGAUUUGCAUGCAUCUUUCGUCGUUUUGCGACGCUUUCCGGAAGCUAUUUAUGUGGAGCUGCAAGAUGUGCCGCAGAAAUUUCUGCCCGAUGAAGCCUGUCUUGAACAUACACCGCACAUGGACGCCGAGUGUGCUGCAUGCUUGCGGAUGCGUGGCGUGUUUUUGGUGCGACCAUUUACGAAUCAACAAGGUUGGUCGCUGAAAGUGACGAUCCCUGGAUCCCUUGCUACUGGUACAGAAGAAGAGAUCUCUGUCAAGAUUCGUAGGACGCAGAUUCCGUUGGUGACUGUGAAAGCCAGUACUUUGCAUGUGUUGCAAGGUACAACGACAGAUCCUGGUUUGAUCUUUCAUUGGCGCUUCCCUCGUCGACUCCAAGCAGACAUGAGGUGGUUGGCUGCAUAUGUGGCCUUGUCACGUGUGCGCUCCUUGGAUCGUCUGCGAUCUGCCGCCGCGCGACACGGUCGGUUUGUGGUCCAAGUAAAGUUUCAAAAGGUGGAAGAGUACACAUAUACCCGGCAAGGCGCGCCGACCAAGGGAAAGCGGUUGCACGUGCUGUUUGCUAGCGCGGAAGAAGGUGCAUAUGUGUCUGGUCGCAUGGUCAUGUGGCAACAGAAGUCUGGCGAGUUGGAAGCUGCGGCUGCGCGCUUCCAGGUGGGUUCGCACUUCGAAAUGAAAUCUGUCGUCUUUCUCCAGAAAGAGGUAGCCGAAUAUAUUCACACUCCGUUGAAAGUGGUUCUGGAUCUGCGACAGACUCACUUCGAUUCGGUUCUACAGGGACAAUUUCCCAACUUUUGCCUGGGCCCACCGACACGUCUGAAAGACAUUCUGGAGUUAACAGAUGGUCGACAACGCUUCGAUAUCACGAGUCUCGUGCGGCUGCGCGGAGACCCGCGUACCGUAACCACCCGGCAGGGUCAACGUGUGGCGCAGGACAUCGUGCUUCGAGACGAGUCUUGUGUGCAAGACGGACAUCGGGCAGAGAUCACCACGUCCAUUUUCGCGGAAUCACAAGCGAAACUGGAAGAAUUUAUUGCUUUGGUGAAUCUGGAAAAGCCGUUGACUUUCUUUGGCUUCGAUGUGCAAGUCCGUGGUGCUGAAAUCAAGGUCACUCCAUCUUUUCAAGACUUUCGCUGUGAAGUGGCUGUCUCCGUCCGUGCGGCUGCGCAGGACGAAAGACAGAACGAGAUUUGGAAGGAAGCAGGGCAGACGCUGACGCAUGAAUGGCAGCCCUCGGUUUCUACGGACUACACAAGCAAAGAAGGCUUUUUAUCCUUUUGUGCUUUGCUGGAUGCGUAUAGCCAACAAGACGCAGCUGCCUUGCAUGGCAAGUUGUUUCAACUCAACAACAUCCAUGUGCCUUACCCACCGGAGCACCACACGGUGGAACGACGUGUGCUUUGGUCCACACGGAUUCGAGAUUGUAGCGGCAGCUUGGAAGUCGCCAUUCGACAAAAGGCAGCCUGCCAGCUCGCCAAAAUCGAUACAGCUGAUCACGAGAAUGCCGUCAUGGAGUUCAAUAGUCAGCAUGGCGGUGACCUGUUAUCGUGGCCUUUGCUUGCCAGUGUCAAGAUCUUGGUCACACUUCGUGGUGACAAUGACUCUGGUGCCACACAGGCGACUGACAGCGUCUCCACGACGAGUUCCUCGAAGCGGAUGCGCUUCUUAGUUGUGGAAGCUUCGGAGCAGGACCUGCAAGCGACGCCCACAAAGGCUGUGCUGGCCGUUGUUCAUGCCUUGAGCCAUGUGCCGUGCAGCGGAGACGCGUUUGCGGCUGCAUUGCUGUCGCAAUUGACCAAGAAUAGUUUUGGCGUUUUUCAAGUGCAGCCAGAGGUUGUGGUAGCGCACCUGGAGACUGGUGCCUUGGAACGCCACGCUAAACGUCGCCGGGUUACUUGUGCGAAGGCCUUGGUGAUGCUUCUUUCGAAAGAACGGACGCAGCAAGAAGCGUUGGGCUCAGACAGUUAUGGCAUUCGGUUGGUGACCAAGAAUGUUCGCGACGCUUUGGCUCCAGAUGCAGGCCCUGUGACUGUGGUGGCAUAUUGUCAGCGACAUGCUUUGAAGGAUUUCAUUUUGGAUCCUCCACGGACUGGAACCAAAACCCAAUACGCUCUGGCAUUGAUCUCCGAUCUGAGCACUACAUCAAGUGAAACCACAUAUGUGGUGGAACAAUUGCAGUUGCUGCAAGAAGGCGAUGCAGAAGCUGCAAUGAUAUGUCUGCGGCGUUUGGAGCAACUGACUGCCUUGAUCGCUUCUCGUCAACAGACGUCGGAUCCCCUACCAGCCUGGACGGACACAUUGGCGGAGAGUGCCUCCCGCAUCGCUUGUCCACGCAUCUCGGCCUAUCCCGCAGGGGACACAUGGGAGAGUCCAGUGAAGGCGUCCCAGGAGGUACCGUUCACGGCAGCUGACACCCCGGGCACAGGCUAG